UCAUCGAUACAUUGGCAAAGUGAAGAAACAAUCACGCACGACUAAAAAAUAAAGAACAAGGAACAUAACACUAUCAGUAUCAUCUGGUUCCUCAAUCAAGAUGGCAACACAAGCUACCGGCGCCCGCAGCGCCACUCUCGUCCGUGAUACCAACGAAACCAAAAUCCAACUCUCCAUCAACCUCGACGGCGGCGCCCUGGCACCGCUACCUAAUGCCGCCGCUGCGGCCUCCGACUCCAGCGAGCACGCCGCACAGAACUCAGCAUCCCAACAGAUCUCAAUCAACACCGGCAUCGGCUUCCUCGACCACAUGCUUCACGCGCUGGCCAAACACGCAGGCUGGAGUCUCGCGAUCCACGCCACCGGCGACCUCCACAUCGACGACCACCACACAGCGGAAGACACCUGCAUCGCUCUGGGUACCGCCUUCAAGCAAGCCCUCCGGACGACCACGGGGCUCGCACGAUGGGGUUACGCCUACUGCCCGCUGGACGAAGCGCUUUCGCGGGCGGUCGUGGACCUCUCGAAUCGGCCUUACUGCGUGGCCGAGCUGGGCCUCAAGCGGGAGAAGAUUGGAGAUUUAUCCUGCGAGAUGAUCCCACAUUGCUUCGAGAGUUUCGCGCAACAUGCGGGGGUUACGCUGCACGUGGACUGUAUCCGGGGCUUCAACGACCAUCACCGCGCGGAGAGCGCGUUUAAGGCGACGGCGGUUGCGUUGAGGAUGGCGUGCGCGACGGUGAAGGGUAGGGAGGGAGAGGUGCCUAGUACGAAGGGGGUGCUUUUUUGAAUGACGGGUUUUACGAGGACUACUGAUCAUGUAGACAUGAGUAGAUGUUGGUUUCCCAGGGCUGUUUUUAAAAGCAUCUUCUCGCCGCGAUGUCUCAUCGCAUCCACACAGUGUAAGCUCUCGUCGUCGUCACUUGGUCCCGAGUGGUAUUCAUUCGAGGAAUAUGCUGGUGUCACUUGUACGUCGUGCAUAAGAAGCCACACGUCAGCAUAUGCCAGAUGCUGGAACCCCUGGCACGUGCCAAAUGAGAACGAAUUACGAGUGUAUGCCUUCAGCAACGACACGACACGUCAACGUGCAUUUAAGAGGGACUUGUGGCGGAGCAAAUGGUGAUCAGCAACAGCUUAUCAGCGCCUGACACUGAAAGAACAUACCAGGGAGGACUUUCAUCAUGCAGGUUUGCUGGCAGAAACGCCUCAAUUACGUAUGUAGAGGGGGCAUCGCUAUCUCGCCGAUAUGCAACACAGUAUGUCUCCGAUCGGCAAUUCGGGACGACG